AGCCUAGUGAUCUGGCUCCAGGACAACAUAGUGUUUGUGAAACAGAUAAAGGGGCCUCUGAGAAGCCCAGGACAGGACCGCAGGGCCUCUUCUUCCUCCUGGUCUUCUUCAUCAAGCAGAGUAGAUGGGGAAUGAAGAGCCCAGAUCUGGCCACAGGCAUGAGGGGCCUCCGGCGGAGAUGAUAGUGUUGGCACCAGCCUGGAGCCCAACUACCUCCCUGCUGCUGCUGCUGCUGCUGCUGAGCCCCGGCCUCUGUGGGACCCCAGACUGCUCCUUCCGCCACAGCCCCAUCUCCUCCACCUUCGCGGACAAGAUCCGCAAGCUGUCUGACUACCUGCUUCAAGAUUACCCAGUCACGGUCGCCUCCAACCUGCAGGACGACAAGCUCUGCGGGGCCUUCUGGCGCCUCGUGCUGGCCCAGCGCUGGAUGGAACAGCUCAAGACUGUGGCGGGGUCCCAGAUGGAAAAGCUGCUGGAGGCUGUCAACAUCGAGAUACACUUUGUCACCUUAUGUGCCCUCCAGCCCCUCCCUAGCUGUCUUCGCUUCGUCCAGACCAACAUCUCCCACCUCCUGCAGGACACCUCCGAGCAGCUGGUGGCCUUGAAGCCCUGGAUCACCCGCCGGAAUUUCUCUGGGUGCCUGGAGCUGCAGUGUCAGCCGGACUCCUCCACUCUGCUGCCCUCGGUGAGUCCCCUGGGCUUGGCGGCCACAGCCCUGCCAGCCCCACAGGCUUCUUGGCUGUUCCUGCUGCUGCUGCCUGCGGCCCUUGCACUGCUGACCGCUGCCUGGUGCCUGGGCUGGCGAAGGAGGCGGCGGAGGAGGCCCUGCCCUGGGGAGCAGUCUUCCAGUGUGUAUGCUCCCUUCACAGCCCAUCUCCAUGCAGACUCCGUGUUUCCAUGGGAAAUCCUCCAUCCGGCCUUAGGUUUCAUGGAAGGUGCAGCAGCAAAAGUAGAUCCACUUGCUCACGCGGUUGGAAACACAGUUUCCCAACAAGUGGAUCGAGGAUCAGUUUCUAAGUUUAAUGGUUUUCAUUUCAGCAUUUGUUUCAGAACAGUUCUUCCUUCCAGUUCUGAGAAGUUUUCUGUCUGGUUUGUCCCCGUCCACGUGUUUUCACUCUCCCAUUAACCACACUGUUAAGAUCGAAGUAGGUAAAAAUGUAAAACUCAGGUGCGCGGACCCCACUGGGGACGGGCGGUGCCGAGGGCGCAGGCGCGGGGCACCCAGCGGCGCGGAGGCCCCGGGCAGCGAGGCCCGAACUCGGGGCGCCGUGGGCGGGAGCCGGCCGCUCCGAAGUCUGCGCCGGCGCCGAGCGUGCCGCUGCCCUGUGCUCCCCCCGAUCCUCACGGCCCAGAGGCAGACCCGUGUGCCCUCCCGUUUUACAGCGGACGCCGAGGCCCAGAGCGAGGAGUCACCCGCCCGCGGACACAGAGCCGGCGCUCGGAGGAAGUCCGCCGGAGCCCGGGC